AAAAAUGCGUCAAGAAUUUCAAAAUCGCGCACAAGCAAGUUUGAAAGAACUAAAUUUCUUAUGCCCACGUGAUACUCUCUCUAAUCACCCAAUAGGAGAAUGAGCAAUUAUUCCUAUAAAAGACCAGACAAUCCUUUGAAAUGAAAUCUUGAAAGCUUAAACCCACCAAAAAGCAGAGAGCUUUGGCUUCUUUUAACCUUUCCAACGCAGAUAAUAACCAUAUUUAAAGCAGCCUUAAGUGUAACAUAUAUAAGAGGCUUUUGAGCAGGUUAAGCUUUUUCCUGGGAAAAAGAGAGAUACAGAGAGAGAAGAAAAGUUACACUACUCUUUAUCAGAUACCUUGGGCUUCUCCUUUUCCAAUACUUUCUUUUUCUUUGAAAAUCAGCUUUCUUCAAGCAUACAUUGACAUUAAGCAAGAAUUUCUUCGUGCAAAAUGGGCAAGAUGCAUUUGCUUGCCGGGUCUGGCUGGCUUGCUAUCGUUCUUUGGUUCUUCUUCUUCUUCCUCAUUGCCUCCUCCGCGAAGACCCCGUUUAGAAAAAUUCUAAGGACGACUAAUAACAGCUCGGCUCUUGGAGUUCAGCUAGAAGUAACCAAACGUCAGAGAGUGGUGAUUGACAAUGGAAUUGUCCAAGUUACUUUCUCUAGUCCAGGCGGCGACGUCAUCGGAAUUAAAUACAAAGAAAUCGAUAACGUACUCGAAAUCGCUAAUGAAGAUGAUAAUCGAGGAUAUUGGGACGUGGUUUGGAACCGACCUGGAGAUCCCAUCAUCUAUGACAAGCUGCAAGGGACGGAUUUUAGUGUCAUAAUGGAAAAUGAAGACCAAGUAGAGGUUUCAUUCUCCAAAAGAUGGAGCCCUUCCAUGGGUAAAUCCACAGUUCCCUUGAACGUAGACAAAAGGUAUAUAGUUCGGCGUGGAAGCUCAGGGCUUUAUCUGUAUACCAUAUUGGAACGCUUAGAAGGAUGGCCUGAUGUUGAUAUGGAUCAAAUUAGAGUGGUUUUCAAGCUUCAAAAUAAGAAGUUUCACUUCAUGGCAGUAUCUGAUGAUAGGCAAAGGGUAAUGCCAACGCCUGAAGAUCGCGCCACUGGUCAGCCUCUGGCCUACCCUGAAGCUGUUCUCUUAACCAGUCCUAUCAACUCAGAACUUAGAGGAGAGGUAGAUGACAAAUACCAAUACUCCUGUGAGGUCAAAGACAACAAGGUGCACGGGUGGAUAUCGGAAGACCCACCAGUGGGAUUUUGGAUGAUCACACCCAGUAAUGAAUUUCGCGUUGGUGGGCCCAUCAAGCAAGACCUGACCUCUCAUGUGGGGCCUACUGUCCUUAAUAUGUUUACUAGCACUCAUUAUGCUGGGAAGGACUUAAAUACAGAGUAUCGAAAUGGAGAGCCAUGGAAGAAAGUUCUUGGCCCUGCUUAUGUCUAUCUUAAUUCUAUUUCGCCUUCUGAAGAUACCCAAGCUCUUUGGGAAGAUGCUAAAGAACAAAUGUCAACUGAAGUUAGAAGCUGGCCAUACAAUUUUCCUCAAUCUGAAGAUUUCCCUUCUUCUCAUCGACGGGGGCAUGUUUUAGGUCAAUUAAUAGUUCGUGACCGAUACAUCAGUGAAAGGUUAAUGUAUGCAAGUUCUGCUUAUGUGGGAUUGGCAGUCCCAGGGGAUGUGGGCUCAUGGCAAACUGAAGCAAAGGGUUAUCAAUUUUGGACUCAAGCUGACAGGAAAGGAAAUUUCUCAAUAAAAAAUGUCAGAGCUGGGAAUUAUAGUUUGUAUGCAUGGGUUCCUGGUGUCAUUGGGGAUUACAAGUACAGUGUUAAUAUCACGAUUCAACAAGGAUCUAAGAUCAAAUUGGGUGUCCUCAUAUAUGAUCCUCCAAGAACUGGUCCAACUCUUUGGGAAAUAGGCGUUCCUGAUCGUACUGCUUCUGAGUUCUAUGUACCAGACACAUACCCAACACUCAUGAACAAAUUGUACACUGAUCACCCAACCGACAAAUUUAGGCAAUAUGGAUUGUGGGAAAGAUAUGCUGAUUUAUAUCCUAAGAACGAUGUCAUAUAUAACGUUGGUGUUAGUAAUCAUAUUCAAGAUUGGUUCUUUGCCCACGUUACCAGAGGGAUAGGAAACAAGACAUAUGAGGCAACAACAUGGCAGAUCAUAUUUGAACUUGAAAGUGUAAACCAAAGUGGAAAUUACACUCUCCAAGUAGCCUUGGCAUCAGCUACUAUGUCCGAACUUCAGGUGCGUGUCAACGAUGCCGAUGCCAAUCGACCCCUUUUCACAACAGGGCUAAUAGGCAAGGAUAACGCCAUUGCAAGACAUGGAAUUCAUGGUUUAUAUCGGUUCUAUAGCAUUCAAGUACCAAGUUCUCAACUUCUCCAAGGAAACAAUAUAAUUUAUCUUGCUCAGACGAGAAGUGAUAGCCCCUUCUUUGGCAUUAUGUAUGAUUACAUUCGCUUAGAAUCACCAACAGAAACUUGAAGAUGGGUUGGAAAAUAUUUAUUUAGAAAUGUUUAUUCUUUUUAUUUUUCAAGUAUAGAUAAUAAUAUUAAUAGAAAUUAAUUUUUUUUCUUGGUUAA